CCUGCAAAGGAGCCCAGCCGCUCGGCGGUUGAGCAACGGCCUCGUGAUUCCCCCGCGGAGCGGGUCCCCGCCUCCCCACUCCGCCCCCGCCUCCCUCAAGCCCAGCAGCUGCCUCUCCGGAUCUCUUUCCUCUCCUCCAGGCUCUCCCGAGCCGGACCUGGGGUAGGGCAAGCAAAGACGCAGCUUUAAAGAGGUGACUCAGUGCAUCUACGCCUGUACCAGAGCCCAGAGGAUCCAGGCGGAUAGCUGGACGCUACACCGAGGAGCAGCGAGAGGGUCCAGCUCGCGACCGCUAAGCCGAGCCUGUUCCUGAGCCCGACCCGCAGAGGACCCUUGAAUAGUAGAGACCCCUGGACCACCGAGCUGAUGGCGUCUUCCACCCCUUCUUCGUCCGCAACCUCCUCGAACGCGGGAGCAGAUCCGAACACUACUAACCUGCGCCCUACAACGUACGAUACUUGGUGUGGCGUGGCCCAUGGAUGCACCAGAAAACUGGGACUGAAGAUCUGUGGCUUCUUACAAAGGACCAAUAGUCUGGAAGAGAAGAGUCGCCUUGUGAGCGCCUUCAAAGAGAGGCAGUCCUCCAAGAACCUACUUUCCUGUGAAAACAGUGACCGGGAUGCCCGUUUCCGGCGCACAGAGACUGACUUCUCCAACUUGUUUGCUCGAGAUCUGCUUCCAGCUAAGAAUGGAGAGGACCAAACUGUGCAGUUCUUGCUGGAAGUGGUCGACAUACUCCUCAACUAUGUCCGCAAGACAUUUGAUCGCUCUACCAAGGUGCUAGACUUCCACCACCCACACCAGUUGCUUGAGGGCAUGGAAGGCUUUAAUUUGGAGCUCUCUGACCACCCUGAGUCCCUGGAGCAGAUCCUGGUUGACUGCAGAGACACCCUAAAAUACGGGGUUCGUACAGGUCACCCUCGAUUUUUCAACCAGCUCUCUACUGGAUUGGAUAUCAUUGGCUUAGCUGGUGAAUGGCUGACAUCAACUGCCAAUACCAAUAUGUUUACAUAUGAAAUUGCACCAGUAUUUGUCCUCAUGGAACAAAUAACACUUAAGAAGAUGAGAGAAAUCAUUGGAUGGUCAAGUAAAGAUGGUGAUGGGAUAUUUUCUCCUGGGGGAGCCAUAUCCAACAUGUACAGCAUCAUGGCUGCUCGCUACAAGUACUUUCCGGAAGUUAAGACAAAAGGCAUGGCAACUGUGCCCAAGCUGGUCCUUUUCACCUCAGAACAUAGUCACUAUUCCAUAAAGAAAGCUGGGGCUGCACUUGGCUUUGGAACCGACAAUGUGAUUUUGAUAAAGUGCAAUGAAAGGGGGAAGAUAAUUCCAGCUGAUUUAGAGGCAAAAAUUCUUGAAGCCAAGCAGAAGGGAUAUGUUCCCCUCUAUGUAAAUGCAACUGCUGGCACGACUGUUUAUGGAGCUUUUGAUCCAAUACAGGAGAUUGCAGACAUAUGUGAGAAAUACAACCUUUGGCUGCAUGUUGAUGCUGCCUGGGGCGGUGGUCUGCUCAUGUCCCGGAAGCACCGGCACAAACUUAGUGGCAUAGAAAGGGCCAACUCUGUCACCUGGAACCCUCACAAGAUGAUGGGUGUGCUGCUACAGUGCUCAGCCAUUCUAGUCAAGGAGAAGGGUAUACUACAAGGAUGCAACCAGAUGUGUGCAGGAUACCUCUUCCAGCCAGACAAGCAGUAUGAUGUCUCCUAUGACACUGGGGACAAGGCGAUCCAGUGUGGCCGCCAUGUGGACAUCUUCAAGUUCUGGCUGAUGUGGAAAGCAAAGGGCACUGUGGGAUUUGAAAAUCAGAUCAACAAAUGCUUGGAGCUGGCUGAAUACCUCUAUGCCAAAAUUAAAAACAGAGAAGAAUUUGAGAUGGUAUUCGACGGCGAGCCUGAGCACACAAAUGUCUGUUUCUGGUAUAUUCCACAAAGUCUCCGCGGAGUUCCAGAUAGUCCUGAGCGACGGGAAAAACUACACAGGGUGGCUCCCAAGAUCAAAGCCCUGAUGAUGGAGUCAGGCACAACCAUGGUCGGAUACCAGCCUCAGGGGGACAAAGCCAACUUCUUUCGGAUGGUCAUCUCCAACCCAGCUGCUACCCAGUCCGACAUCGACUUCCUCAUUGAGGAGAUAGAAAGGCUGGGCCAGGAUCUAUAAUCCCCCUUUGCAGAACCUGCAGCCAUCCCCUUUUCCCUCUAGCACCCUACAACAAAGCUCCAUCAGUUGCUGACACACGUAGGCCAUUUCAUUGAAGGAAAUUAUACUCUCCUGAAGAAUCUUUGUCAUAACCUCACUUAAGCUUAUUUGUUAGAGUUAGCAGGAAAUAAUGUUCGUUUUGUAAAAGUUGCACAUUAGGAAUGCAGUAUAUAUGUACAGUUAUAUAUACCUCUCUAUAUAUACAUACAUGUAUAGUGAGUAUGGCUUAGUCCUAGACCACAGCAUGUCUCUUGUCCCCAAAGAAUUUGCUUCACCUCCAACUGUUUCUGAGGGUCUACCCAUUGUGCAGGACAGAUAGCACUUCACUGCUGUGUCUUAUGGACCAAGGGAAAGGCUGCUUAUGGGAGUCGACCUCCUGGUCAGUGUAGCACCCACCUGAAGGAGUGAUGGAUGACGAAAAGUACCACUAGUUGGGAAGCGUCACGCCCUCCCUGUUAGAUCCCUGCUAGGGAAAACAGCCUAGUCAUCAUCUCCAGUGUGCUGUUGCUGUAUUUUUAGAGAUUAAUUUGUGUAGACUGUGUAUAUCACUGUUGUCUGACCUUAGGGGUGGGGAAGGGAUACAUGUGAUGAUUUCAGUAACUGUUUAAUUGUAUGACGGUGAAAUAUUUGCUUAUUUAUAUUCAGAGAUUUACCAUGUUAAAGAGGCACCUUGUAUUUUCUUCCCAUUUGUAAUGUAUCUUCUUUAUAUAGUAAUGAAAUAAGUUCUGGUAUUUUCGUGCAUUUGUGAGCCAAAGAGAAAAGGUAAAAUUUAGUAAGACAUUUGUAUUAGAGUGCCCUUAAAAUAAUGAUUUAAAGCCAGGCGUGGUGGCGCAUGCCUUUAAUCCCAGCACUCGGGAGUCAGAGGCAGGCAGAUCUCUGUGAAUUCAAGGCCAGCCUGGUCUCCAUAGCGAAUCCAGGCCAGCUGGGGCUACAGGAAGACCCUGUCUCAAAAAGACCAAAAAAAAAAAAAAAAAAAAACCCCAAACAAACAAACAAAAAGUAAUGAUUUAAACGUACAUGCACUGUCUGUUAAAGGAUUCUGAUACUGUACACAGAGCCAUGUAUAUGGAAAUCUUACUGCUUCAGUAGCAUCUGCUUCUCUCUUACUGCGUCUGGCUAUGCGUCGAGUGUUCUUAAAGCUUUUCUAGUAACUGUUGAAUAAUAUUAACUAGACCUCCUGUAAUUUUGUAGUAGCUCAUGACCAAUCUCUGUGACUCACUUAGCUGAAACCUAAGGCAACGUUUCUGAAGACCUUCCAAAGCUCUCCAAUAAACUGACCGGCCCCACAAAUGUGAUUGAAGAGAUGAAACACACACUGUGCGUUUUAGAGAAUGCAAAAGGAAUAUAAAUAAAGAUAUUCUCCAUGAAGAACUUGAACAAAA